AUGUCUGCUGCAGCCAGAGGUGCCCGUGCCGCGUUGGCAGACGUCCCCAUGCGGGCUUUCACCGAGCCGCGGGCCGCGCAGGGCUCGUUUGAGGUGAGCGUUUCGCCGGAAGCUGCCGUGGUGGGGCACGGAGGGUCCGUCUGGAUAAACUGCAGCACCACAUGCCGGGAUCCUGGUGCCAGGGGCGGCAUUGAGACCUCGCUCACCAAAACCCCAAAUAGUGAAAAUGGAUCCAGGUGGGCAGCCUUUCGCCUCAUCAAAAUCACGGAGUGGGCGUCGACACUUAAAUGCUUCUUCAUGUGCGAUGGAGAUAUGAAGGUGGCGGCGCCUUUCAGCAGCACCCGGGUCUACGGGAUCCAAUUAACCGACCUGCGGGUGCUUCCCCCUCUGGCUCCAGGGGCGCCGGAGCGGGUGGUGCUGGAGCCGCUCCUCGAGAUGGAGCUGGGCCAGGCCUAUAACGUGACGUGCUGGGUUCUGAACGUGGCUCCCGUCACACACCUCACCGUGACCCUCCGCUGGGGGGGACAGACCCUGCACACGGAGACCUUCCAGAACCACACCGGGACCGGACCCGACAACAUCACAGUGAUCACGGAGAUCACCCCUCAGCGACGGGACCACGGGCAGGAGAUCAUCGAACGACACGGCCACUGCCCAGGGCGAGGUUCGGUCCCCGUCCCCGGGACAGCACCAGCUGAACUGCACCGUGUCCGUGGGGCCCGUGUCCAGAUCCACAGGGCAGAGCGUUCUCAUUUACCGUGA